AUGAAAAGUUUGACUGCUCGGUUGACCAUGAGUCUUCCGAGACCGUCUCAUCCUUCGAAAAGAAAGGGAGGAGUUACUCAUAACAUGUUAGAUGAUAUCCACAACCAUUGGAAGCGGGCAGAAGCUGUGAGGAUCAAGUGUUUGGGAGUGCCAACUCUUGACAUGGACAAUGUUUGCUUCCACCUUGAGGACAAGUCUGGUGGGAAGAUUGUCUACACAGCACAUUAA